ACCACUGCACUCCCUUGUGCUUACAUUUCCGAGCAUCCGAGAACCAGGGAAGAAAGAAACUGAUGUAUGGGGUUGGCAUAGAUAUUGGUGGUCGAAAAAGUCCAUACGGACGCAUUGUCAUAGAAACUAUUAGUUCAAAAAUCCAAAGCACUGAAAUGAAGAUUCACACAACCUUUUGGUCAGAAAUGGGGAAAGUAAUAGAAAUCCCCCCAGUGACCAAGAAUCUAUUUAUCGAUCUUGCUGAAAGAAUUGCAGGAGAACUAUCAGUUAAGAAUUGUUAUGUCUGUGGAGGUACCAAUAUGGGAGAACAAUGGCCCUGGGAGGCCAAAGAGGUAGAACUUAAUAAUAUCUCCCAUGCUUUCAACCUUUCCUGGAAUAAUAUCCACCGCCCCAGUAGAUGGAUCCUGAAAAAUCCCUUAGUUGGUCAUACUUGUUUUAUACGACAGGGAGCUCCUUUUAACAUUUCAGUGGGAGCCCUAGAUUGUGAAGAAGGAUGGUUCUGUAAUGGCACCCAGCCUAAAGCCUAUAUUAAUUUUGCUAAUCCGAAUGUCACCCAAGCCCCACCUUAUGUUAAUAUGAGUCGUUUACAAGUCCUAUGGGACAACCCCUGUAGCACUUCUAAAGAAUGGAGAGCUCCAGACUCCUUAUACUGGAUAUGUGGUCCAGCUACCUGGGCAGCUGAUGGUACAUAUGGUUAUAGAACCCCCAUUUAUAUGCUAAAUCGAAUAAUUAGACUACAAGCGGUUUUAGAAAUCAUAACUAAUGAAACUUCCCUGGCUCUGUCUGUAUUAGCCGAAACCAACACACAACUUCGCACUGCUGUUUACCAGAACCGACUUGCCUUAGAUUUCUUAUUAGCAACUGAAGGAGGAGUUUGUGGAAAGUUUAACCUUUCAAAUUGUUGUUUACAGAUUGAUGACAAUGGUAAAGCUAUUGAACAGAUUACAGAACAUAUGCGUAAUUUAGCCCAUGUCCCAGUCCAAACCUGGACAGGAAUAGAUACUGAAGAUUGGUUCGGAAACAUGCUUGGAGAUUGGAAACGCUCCCUGAAGGAAACAAGCACGGGGAGAGCCCCACUUCCAAACACCGGGGCUAAGUGGAGUAAGUCUGGUGAAAGCCAGCACAUGUUCCCCAGCCGGUGUCGGCCUGGCAUCUUCCCAUCGGGGAGACACCUCUGCAGAACUCUCCGGCCGCACCAAGGGAGGAGAGGGCGGCAGAAGAGCAAGGCCCGAACAGACCUCGCUGCCUCCAGAGAAGAAAGGGGCCCCUCCCUGCCCCCAGCGGAGCAGGGGACCGGUGCCAACCGAGGCGCCACGCAGAUUAACGCCGCUCAGCGCCUCGUGAACAUUUAA